AUGUCGACCGACACAGUCGCUGCGCGGACCUACGUCCCCCUCACGUGCCACGGCCACUCACGCCCCGUCCCGCACAUCUGCUUCUCGCCGCUCGAGAAGGACGGCCAGUAUUUCAUGAUCUCUGCUUGCAAGGAUGGUAAUCCCAUGCUUCGCGAUGGUCUCACCGGCGACUGGAUUGGCACCUUUAUCGGUCACAAGGGUGCUGUCUGGCAGGCCAGGCUGAGCCCCGACCUUAGCAACUCGGCCACUGCCUCGGCCGACUUCACUGCCAAGAUCUGGGACACCCACACCGGCGAGAUUCUACUUACUAUUCAGCAUGAUCAUAUCGUCCGCGCCGUCGCCUAUCCCCCCGACAACUCGGAUCUCAUUGCCACCGGUGGCCAUGAGAAGAAGCUGCGCCUGUUCGACCUUUCUGAGCAUGGACUGUCUCACAACACAUCGAGCCCUGCCUCCGAGCCAAAGACGAUUGCCGCCUCCACUGGCCACGAAAUUGGCGAGGGCAUUCACAAGGAGUCGAUCAAGAUUAUUGUUUGGACACAGAACCCCAGCAUUAUUGUCACCGCCUCAGGCAAGACGCUGCGUUGGUUUGAUCUGCCAAGCCGGCAGCUUAUCAAGGAGGAGGUUCUCGACGGCGAGAUCAAGUCAUGCGAGCUUGUUUCGCUAGCUCCUGAGUACACAUCACUCACGGACAUCGGUGGUGGCCUGCCUGUGCUGGCCGUCUCUGCUGGUCGCUGGAUCUACUUCUGGAGUGGACCUGAUGCCACGCAGGAGCUGAAGCGUCUCGAUAUGAAGCACACAGUUGCCAGCGUCGGACUUGACCUCAAGGGUCGCAAGUUUGUCGUUGGUGAGGAGCCUGGCACCUGGGGAAAGGUCUGCCGCUGGGAUGAUGGAAGUGACAUUGAAACGCACAAGGGACACCACGGUCCCAUUUGGUCGAUCGCUUUCUCGCCAGACAACAAACUGUACGCUACGGGAUCAGAGGACGGUACUAUCAAAAUGUGGAAGAACUGCGACGGACCUUAUGGCCUCUGGCGUGUGGACAAGGUCGAUCAGCCUGAGAAGCCUGCUGCUUAG